CGAGCGGCGGCGGCGGCAGCGCGAGCGGCGGCGGCGGCGGCGGCGGCUGCCCAGGCGACGGAAACCGACCCCUGCCUUUCGGUUCUAAACUGGGAAAGGACUUUGCCUGGGAGUUAUAUCAUUAACUGAUUUUCCUUGAAGAAGGAGAGGAAUUACAUCAUCUGUUUUUCCAGACUCUUUUCAGCAGCUCAAUGGCCUCCCCAAAGAAGAAACUUCAAGGUCUUGUCGCUGCAACCAUCACACCGAUGACUGAGCAUGGAGAAAUCAACUUUUCGGUAAUUGGUCAGUAUGUGGAUUAUCUUGUGGAAAAGCAGGGAGUAAAGAAUAUUUUUGUGAAUGGCACAACGGGAGAGGGCCUGUCCCUGAGCGUCUCAGAGCGCCGCCAGGUCGCAGAGGAGUGGGUGACAAAGGGGAAGAACAAGUUGGAUCAGAUAGUAAUUCAUGUGGGAGCGCUGAGCUUGAAAGAGUCCCAAGAACUGGCCCAACAUGCAGCAGAAAUAGGAGCUGAUGGCAUUGCUGUCAUUGCUCCUUUCUUUCUCAAGCCAUGGAACAAAGAUGUCCUGACUAAUUUCCUAAAGGAGGUGGCUGCAGCCGCCCCCGGCUUGCCGUUUUAUUACUAUCACAUUCCUGCCCUGACAGGGGUAAAAAUUCGUGCUGAGGAGUUACUGGAUGGGAUUCAGGAUAAGAUCCCCACCUUCCAAGGGCUGAAAUUCAGUGACACAGAUCUCCUGGACUUUGGGCAAUGUGUUGAUCAGAAUCGCCAGCGACAGUUUGCUUUCCUUUUUGGGGUGGAUGAGCAACUGUUGAGUGCUCUGGUGAUGGGAGCAACAGGAGCAGUGGGCAGUACCUACAACUACCUGGGAAGAAGAACACACCAGAUGUUGGAGGCUUUUGAACGAAAGGACUUCUCUUCAGCCCUGAACUAUCAGUUUCAUAUUCAGAGAUUUAUCAACUUUGUGCUCAAACUAGGUUUCGGAGUGUCACAGACUAAAGCCAUCAUGACUGUGGUCUCUGGAAUUCCAAUGGGCCCACCCCGGCCUCCACUGCAGAAAGCCUCCAAGGAGUUCACUGACAAUGCCAAAGCUAAACUGAAAAGCUUGGACUUCCUUUCUUUCACUGAUUUAAAGGAUGGAGACUUGGAUGCCUGUAGCUAGGGCCUCUCUAUUAAAUUGGUGUAUAUAAUCCACCUUGAAUAGUACAUUCAUUUAUAAAGACAUUAUAAGUAAGCUUGAACUAAACUCUUUCCUAACAGAUAAAAUCUUAUAUCAAUCAACAAGUAUUUAAGUACUAACUAUGAUCCUAAAACUUUAUUUUGUGAAGGGGCAAAAACUCUAAAAGUAGUCAUGAGCCCUAAGUUAUUCAAUAUUUCUAAAUUUUUUGUGGAGAAAUAUCUGCUUAUAUGGUUGAGGUGGAACAAGAGUAAAAUUGUAAUUUAUUCCAUCUGCCUUUGAGAGGUUCCAUUAUCUUGAUUUCUGGUUUUUAAUCCUGUUUCAAAGUUUUCUAAAUUUAAACAACUGUAAUGUACUUUCAUUAUAAUAAAAUUUCUUUUGAAAACUAGGA